AUGUUUUUUGGGAUUCUUAACAUUGUUGUUAUUGUUUCGAUUGCACUUCCGAGUCUAGACUGUGUUCCUUUAAGCCUUAGAUCGAAAAGGAGAAUUUUCUCCAAUUUUACACAUUUCUUUAUACACUCAAAUUCUAACAAUUUUUACCCUAAAUUCCAUCGAUUUAACAAUUUUAACCCUCAAUUACAUCAAUUAAAUAGCUUUAAUAAGUUUGGUAAAUUAUUGGGGAGCAAUGAUGUAGAUUCUGAGGUACCAUAUGACUGUGGAGUUUAUGAGAAUAUUUGGCAAGACUAUUGGGAAACCAAUGAUUUGUACAAACCAAUUGAUCCUAAAUUAAACAAUAAUGUACCAUAUAAUCAAGAUAAUACAACACCUUACAGCACCUCCUCACCAACUACUACAUAUACACAUGAUACCUCUCAGAAUCCAGUUAGUAAUGAUAAAAAAUACUACAUCCUUAGUAUGAUCCCUUAUGUUUCAGGGAAAGGACUACAUGUGGGACAUUUACUAGGCUAUACAGUGGUGGAUGUGAUAGCUCGUUAUAAGAGGUUGCAGGGUUUUAAUGUUCUUAACCCUAUGGGCUAUGACAGUUUUGGGAUACCAACACAGCUUUACUCUAAGAAGCAAAAUUUAACCCCUGAAGAAGCUGUUGAACAGAAUGUUAAUAACUUCCGUCAACAGCUUAAGGCCAUGGGAUACUCGUUUGACUACUCUAGGGAACUGGUAACCUCGGAUGUUUCAUACUAUAAGUGGACUCAAUGGAUAUUCCAGCAAAUGUACCUUAAAAAUCUGGCCUACUUAGAUACGGACUAUGUAAAUUACUGUUCCGAGUUGGACAGUGAACUCUCUAACGAGGAGGUUGUUGACGGGAAAUCCGUUAGAGGCGGUUAUGACGUAUACAAGAAACUAAAAUCAAUGUGGAAACUAAGAAUUACACAAUAUGCUCAGAGGCUAUAUGACGACCUCAAGACUGUAGACUUUCCAGAACGAUUACUACACCUUCAACGAACUUGGAUUAACCCCCAAAAAGGUUUUCUCAUACCCUUCAAAUUGCUCAUAAAUGAUAACCACAGUCGUAUUAACUCAGUUGAUAGUGUAAACAACUCGGUUACUAAUUUGGAUAAUAAAGUGGGUGGAUUAAAAAAUGAGUGUAUAGCUUUUGUAGAUGAUAUUAAAAAGUUAGACGAGAUCAAGAGUAUAGAAAUGUCAGUAUUACAGGAGGAUAUAUUAAGUUACUGUAGUCCUGAAAGAGUUGAAUUAGUUAGAGAGCUACUAGAAGAGACUUUAAGAAAGUCAAAUCUACAGCUUUUAGAUCAGAGAAAUAGAAGGAAAGUGUUUAGUGGACUGUAUUUUACCAACCCUCACAACCUUCAACAAGUACCACUAUUCAUCACAAAUGCUGCAAUCAAUACUAAUCAACCCAUUAAUUCAAUUCUAAACUAUUCUUUCGAUAUCUGUAACAUAGCAAACACAAAUACAGUUUCCGAAACAACCGUUAACACAGUUGAUACAUCUGAAAACUAUAUUCCGACGGAAAAUACUUUAAGUAACUCUAGUACACAUGUGAAUAAAUAUUAUAAGGAGUAUGUAAAUUAUAAUAUGAAAGAUUGGGUAUUUAGUAGGAAUAGAGGUUGGGGAGAACCGAUACCAGUGGAUAGCUCUAGUGAUGAAUUGAAACCUCUUCCCGUAAAAUUAUCACCAUCAGUGGUUGAGACCAUGCCUCAGUGGGCUGGAAGUAGUUGGCAUUUCUUACGAUUUACAGACCCAAACAAUCAAUUUCAGCCAUUUAAUAAAUCACUGGCUUCUUACUGGUUGCCUGUAGAUUUAUACGUUGGUGGCAUUGAACAUGCAGUUUCUCACCUCCUUUAUAGCAGAUUCUGGAACAAAUUCCUCUUCGACAUUGGAGUUUCUCCAGUUUCCGAACCCUUUAGAAAGAUCCUAAUCCAUGGUAUAAUUAAAAGUGUUCGAUAUUUUAUUCCACAAAACACUCUUAACGCUUUGAAAUCUGAUUUAAAAGAUCAAAUUAUCAACUAUAACACUCCAUUGGAAGACUCACAAAGUGACUUAGAUCCUGAGAAUUUUGAGGUGCCUGACCACUUAGUAAUGAAGUAUAAAAAUAAGUAUGUAUUAAAGUCUGACAAGUCAAUACAAGUCCAAAUUCGCACAUGUAAGAUGUCGAAAUCUAGGGGAAACAUAGCUAGUCCUGAAGAAAUCAUACACCGUUUUGGUGCUGACGCCCUGAGACUCCACUUGCUAUUCCAAGGACCCGUUGAUAAGGACAGAAUUUGGUCAAUUCAAUCAAUUCAAGGCCCCUACAAGUUACUUAAAUCAAUCAACACAUUUGUUACGAACUUUUUCAAACAGCUUUUUACCCAGUCCUCAGUUAACACUAAUGUAGUAAACAAUAACACAUCGGACUCUAAUAUAGUACACCCUAGUGUAAAAAGUAAGUUGAAUGAGUUUAUAAAUGUUAUGACGUAUAACAUGGAGAAUUUUAAGUUGAAUAAGGUUUCUGAGUUUUUCACGUUUUUAAGGUUAAUGAAGCUUUGGGAUGAGGAAAAGAAGUUAACACUCAGGGUUGUAGAGAUCUUCCUAAUCACACUAAGCCCAUUUGCACCUCAUCUAGCUGAACAUUUAUGGUACACAAAACAUAGACUUAGUCAUGGAGAAGCAGAUGACGAAAUCUACAAACAAGACGCUGACAAAAAAUUCAGGAGUAUAACUUUGGAAAAAUGGCCACAAACUGUUAAUAUCUAGUCACAUUUA